UCGUGCAGUUCCGGUUUAGCGCAGCAGAGAAACAGACCACGGGGGCCGCACGCGGACAAGCGAUAUGCGUGUGUAGUGCACAGAGAAAUACCGCGAGUAAUUAUUUUUUUAAGCCCGUCCCAAUCGUUCUCGCGAUUAGUUCACGAUCCUGCAAGUGUUCCCGUACGCUUCGUGUGUUAUACCGUGUAGAAGUACUGUCUGGGUGUGCCGAAACAGUGAUAAAUAUGGCGAACAGCGUAGCACCGGACUCGUGGGAACAACAGGCGGACAGCGGAGAGAUCAUAGCUGCCACUACCGCCGCAUCAAUUCAGGACAAGUCCCUUGAGAGUAAAUUUUCAACCCUCAACGUUAACGCAGCGGAAUUUGUGCCUUCGUUCUGCAUAAACUCGUCGCCGCAGAACAGUUCUGCUGGCGACAGCCCCAGCGCCGCGGCUGCCACGGCAGCCGUAAAUACCGCAACCACCCCCGUACCACCAGAAACACCCCAUCACGGAGCCAGUGCCCCGGCAGUUCCUCCUGAUCCUGUGGGCAGUCGAGUUGAGGAGCCACCUGCCGGAGGAGGGGCACCACCACCACCUCCUGCAAUAAAUACUGAUCCAUCAAACGUCAGUCCUGAACAUCAGCCAGCAGAUUCGUGGGAAGAAGCGGCUGUUGAUGGUGAUCCCCUUCUAACUCCUGAAAAUGAAGAGGCUGACAAUGACGAAGAUGAGGAAGCAGUUGUUAAGGUGCCCAAAAAGAAGGUAGUUAAAGUGACGGAAGACACUAAGAGCAAAAAGGAGCACGUUAACGUUGUUUUCAUUGGUCACGUAGAUGCCGGAAAGUCAACCAUUGGUGGCCAAAUCAUGGCUCUUACGGGGAUGGUGGACAAAAGAACACUAGAAAAAUAUGAAAGAGAAGCGAAGGAGAGGAGCAGAGAAACGUGGUAUCUGAGUUGGGCUCUCGACACCAAUCAAGAGGAACGAGAAAAGGGAAAGACUGUGGAAGUUGGACGGGCGUACUUCGAGACAGAUAGAAAACACUUCACAAUUUUGGAUGCACCGGGACAUAAGAGUUUCGUACCGAAUAUGAUUGGUGGAGCGGCGCAGGCUGAUCUUGCGGUUUUGGUCAUCUCAGCGCGAAAGGGAGAAUUCGAAACGGGUUUUGAUAGAGGCGGCCAAACGAGAGAGCACGCGAUGCUUGCGAAAACGGCGGGCGUUAAACAUUUGGUCGUAUUAGUUAAUAAGAUGGAUGAUCCAACCGUGGAAUGGGACGAAGGAAGGUACAACGAAUGCAGAGAUAAAAUAUUACCGUAUCUCCGUAAGUUAGGAUUCAACCCAGCAAAAGACCUUACGUUUAUGCCAGUUUCCGGACAGUUGGGUAUUGGCUUGAAGGAUGCGAUCCCUGAACAUCUUUGCACCUGGUACAAGGGUCCUCCAUUCAUACCUUUCAUCGAUUCGUUGCCAUCUCUCAAUCGUAAAAGUAAUGGUCCGUUCAUUAUGCCGAUUGUCGAUAAAUAUAAGGAUAUGGGAACGGUAGUCAUGGGGAAGGUCGAGGCUGGAGAAGCCAAGAAGAGUCAAUCAUUACUCGUCAUGCCCAACAGGACGGCAGUAACCGUCGAUCAACUGUGGUCGGACGACGAGGAAGUGACAUCGGUCGGACCUGGUGAAAAUGUAAAAAUCAAGCUGAAAGGCAUUGAGGAAGAGGACGUAAGUCCUGGUUUUGUUCUAUGCGACAGCAACAAUCCCAUCAAGACCGGCAAAGUCUUCGACGCGCAAGUCGUUAUCCUCGAACACAAGAGUAUCAUUUGCGCGGGUUACAGUGCGGUGAUGCACAUUCACUGCGCCGCCGAGGAGGUCACCGUUAAAGCACUAAUAUGUCUUGUGGACAAGAAAACUGGUGACAAAAGUCGGACGCGACCAAGGUUCGUCAAACAGGAUCAAGUGGCGAUCAUGAGAAUCGAAUGUGCAGGAGUCAUUUGCCUUGAACGCUUCAAAUUGUUUCCGCAGAUGGGACGGUUCACUCUCAGGGACGAAAAUAAAACAAUUGCCAUCGGUAAGGUGCUGAAGGUGGUCGAGUAAGUUUGCUCAAUGUUGACUUCUGAUCGAGCGGCAAACACUAUGAUUACGUGACGGAACAGGCGAACGAGAGAAAAAAAAUUGAAGCCAAAACACGAAUCAGACUACCCACGAUGACCUACUCUCAAAAGCAUUAGAUAAAAUGAAAACGGUUUACAUACAUAAUAUGAAUACAAGACGCCCGCGUUUAUAUACACUAAGAAGACACACACACGCGCGCACACACGUACACAAAAAAAAUUGAAACAUUUAAAAAAAUGCAUGAUGAAUGGAAGAUGAAUGCAAUUAAUAAAAAUACAUAUUUUACACGCGCGCACGCUAAUGUCAUACAAGUUACAUGCAUAAACGUCCUGAAGCUUCGUGAGCGCAUUAACGCGCGCGUGAAUUUGUAUUUAAGGAUGAGAUGAACACACAGAGAUAUAUGCGAAUUAUAUAUAUAUAUUAUAUAUGAAGAAUAUAUAUGAAAACCUGAAAUAAAAACCACUUUUGAUCGCAACGGUGAAAAGAAAAAUUGACGAUGAUUCAAGAGCGCACGGUCUUUCCUAGAACGAGAGAUAUGGGGCCCAUUCCGUUUUCGAGAACGGUACACGUUUCGUGGAUUGGGAGGUUAUUAAUAUAUAUGAUAAUGAUAGAGGAAUAAUAAGAAAUAAAAAAAAAAGAACUAAGUGAUGCGAGAAAGAGCCGGAGAAAUAGGGAAGGAGAGAUAAGCUGACAGAAUUUUGUCAAUAAAGCGAAAGCGAUAUUUUUGUUCUUGAGAGGUACGCGAGAUAAACGAGACAGAGAAAAAUGAUAAAUAAUGGGAUAAAGGAGUGGGAGUAUGAAGUUAACGCUAAGUGAAUAUUAUUAAUAUUAUUAUAAUUAUUAUUACUAAUUAUUAUCAAAUUGGUGGGAAACUAUCAGGUCUUGGAAGAACAGAACGGUGAAAUAAUGAACGUAACGUGUUCAACCAACUAGAUAGUGUUACACGACAGUUUAUAAUUAUUGAAUUAUUAUUGUACUGUUUCUUAUUUUAUUGUCAUUAAAAACAAAUUUACAAGAAAAUUCACGUUUAUCUUGUAAUUUCAGGGAUCGGGCCUUUCAUUUUUUUUUUCUGUACUACGGAGUACACAUUCUUUCAUAGCAUUGUUUAUCACUUACGAUCCGUCAUACAUACGUAAUAUGCACGAUAUGAUUAAUGUGGGCGUGCACGACAGAGAAAAUAAUUAAAUGUCCGACAAUAUACGAUCAGGGAGGUUACAAGUGAUUAAAACGAAAAGAAAUGACGGCGUUUUACUCGAACAGGGAUUUUUUUUUCUUUUCCCGAAAUAUUGAACUCUCGUGAGGUCCGGAAGCUCUUUUGAAAUUGAAGGUCACGUGAGGGUAGCGCGAAUGAAAAAACAAAUUAUGUCACUGUCGUAUCUCGUACCGUCGAUCAUAAGUACAGACCAUUGAUAAUGUUUUCGUGUCUUAACAACGAGAGAAAACGUAUUUUAGUUAAACAAAAGUGCUUUUUAGCAGCAUCGGUUGCAUAACUAGACAAGCGAAGCAGUACUGUGCCCAGAAGUUUCCGGCGGUAAUUUUGAAAUAUGGAAAAGAAAAGGGUGGGAAGGGAUGAUGGAAGAGGAAUGUUGGUCUGUAUAUGAAGGUGGAGGAAUUGCUACUGAGAAUUUAUUUGAAUGAAAAAGAAAAAAAAAACAUGAAGGCAGUUAACAUAAGCAAGAAGAGAAAGAUGGACGCGUACUUGUAAAAUAUAAGGAUCGGCAACGACCCCAUUGUUAUUAUUAUAUAUUAUUAAUUAAACUACUAUUAAUUACGAUAAUUAUAAAAUACCAAUAAAACUAAGGGACACUGGGAGUGGCACAGGUAAAACGAGAGAUAAAAUAACGGCUAGUGGAAUAAAGGAUUUUAAAGAGGCGUGCAAAAUAUACAGUGUGACACUUAAGACGAUAUGAUGCAAAUAGAUUUUUAAGAGGUUUUAGCAUGCGCCGCCAUUCGGAGACACAUUCAUAUUUUUAUAUAUUGCUGCGCCCGACAUUUCGGUUACUUAAAUCCAGUCGGCCGGUUUGAUUUGUAUCUGGUAAUUCAGCGUAGUUUGCCAUUAACGAUCAUGGCUUUGUCUAGUUUAGAAAAACGAAGAAACUGUCAAGAGAGAAUGAGAAAGUACACACGCCGUUUCCUUGACAAUUUUUCUCACUGUCAUUCAGAUAAAUCUAUUCACGCCCAUUAAAUUACCUUCAUUAAAGCGACGAAUGCCAAGUUGCAUCUCCCUUUUCAUGGUAUAGUUCGAUGAAAAAUGGCACGAAGGUGAUAAUUAAAAUUUUACAAAAAAAAAAAAAAAAGAACGAACGAACGAAUCUUAAAUCCAAC